AUGCGGCUGGUGGUGCUAGGUGGUAACGGCAGGACUGGCGUCCAUCUCGUUGACAGAGCGCUGGCUCGAGGCACGCCGCGCAAGCUCGAAGAUGUGAGCAAAGCCUUCUCAGGCAGCCCCAAGCCCGAGGCGGUGAUCGUCACGCUGAAUCCAAGUAGGCUGAGUGAUAGUCCGUUCUCUCGGCCGGCGGCGCCUCCGCGCUUUCUGGCACACUCAGUCGCAAACGCAAUCACCGCUAUGCGGCAGCAUGACGUCAAGAAGUUGGUCGUCAUGCAGGCGAUGGGUGUGGGUGACUCAAGACCUCACAUGUCUUUCUGGAUGCGCUGGGUGAGGCGCUGGACGUACAUGAAGCAUUCGUACGACGAUCACGACUUGGUGGAUGAAAUUGUUAAGUUUUCUGGUGUGAGCUACGUGCUUGCUCGGCCACCUUGGCUGACUGAUGGGAAGGUCGGACCUGUUAGGACCUUUGGCAAUACUGGGAAGGGUGUUGGGAACCUGGCGACUAUCUCGAGGAGGUCUGUUACGGAGUUUCUGUUGGACGCGUGCGAGAAGAGCGAUUGGGACUGCUCGACGCCCGUAAUUGCGAGCUGA